UUCAUUAAUUACCAUCUUAAUCCUCUCACGAGCCAAUACACAGAUCUCGCACAGACGAUGUAUCCUUCAACUUAUGAUGGUGGUGCAAAAUAUGCCAGCCAUGGGUUUCCAGGUCCAAUGAACAUCUCCUCCUGCCCACCUCCGUACGGCACAACUGCCGCUCGUGGGACGGCCGCGCAGUGGUCGACAGGCCUUUGCCACUGCUGCGAUGACCCUGCUAAUUGCCUGAUUACCGCCUUCUGCCCUUGCGUGACGUUCGGACAAAUUGCCGAGAUUGUGAGCAGGGGUUCCGUUUCUUGUGCAGCGAGUGGGUUCGCGUACGCAGUGUUGGCUCUGACGGGCUUGCCGUGCCUGUAUUCAUGCUUUUACCGGUCAAGAAUGAGAGGGCAGUAUGUCUUGGAGGAGGCACCCGUCGCCGAUUGCUUGGUUCACUUCUGCUGUGAGCCCUGUUCGCUUUGCCAAGAGUAUCGAGAGCUCAAGAAUCGUGGUUUCGACAUGGGCAUCGGUUGGGAAGCAAACAUGGACCGGCAGCAAAGGGGGAUGGUAAAUGCUCCCACUGUUAUCGUAGGCAUGGAUCGGUGAAGCUGAGAACCAAGAAGGAGGUGCACAGGGAAAACGACUCUGGCGUUUUGCCACUUCUUCCUCUUGCCUUUUCUUUCAGAUUAUCCGUGUAUUGAUGUCUAUUUCUGAAACCAAUAUCAGUACCAUGUUCCAUCUAGAUAUGUGUUAAGCUAUUUCGUCAAUGAAA